GGAGGGUGUACUCCCCCUGCGAUAUUGGGAGUAAUGUCGUCCUCCCCAAACCUGGAUGUUAGCAAUGAGAUCACAGAGCGGGUGCACACACCCUGCGAUAUUGGAAGUAAUAUGAUCCUCUCCCCACCUGGAUACUGGGAAAGAUACCACCGCGCGGAGGAUCCAGAACUGCAGCCGGUCCUCGCUUUGCUCUCCCUGUCCCUGUCCAUGUAUCUGGUCAUGGUGCUGAGGAACCUGCUCAGCAUCCUGGCUGUCAGCUCUGACUCCCACCUCCACACCCCUGUGUACUUCUUCCUCUCCAACCUGUGCUGGGCUGACCUCGGUUACACCUCGGCCACGGUUCCCAAGAUGAUUGUGGACACGCAGUCGCAUAGCAGAGUCAUCUCUCAUGCGGGCUGCCUGACACAGAUGUCUUUCUUGGUCCUUUUUGCAUGUAUAGAAGACAUGCUCCUGACUGUGACGGCCUAUGACUGCUUUGUAGCCAUCUGUUGCCCUCUGCACUACCCAGUCAUCGUGAAUCCUCACCUCUGUGUCUUCUUCGUUUUGGUGUCCUUUUUCCUUAGCCUGUUGGAUUCCCAGCUGCACAGUUGGAUUGUGUUACAAUUCACCAUCAUCAAGAAUGUGGAAAGCUCUAAUUUUGUCUGUGAGCCAUCUCAACUUCUCAAACUUGCCUGUUCUGACAGCGUCAUCAAUAACGUAUUCAUAUAUUUCGAUAGUACUAUGUUUGGUUUUCUUCCCAUUUCAGGGAUCCUUUUGUCUUACUCUAAAAUUGUCCCCUCCGUUCUAAGGAUGUCAUCGUCAGAUGGGAAGUAUAAAGCCUUCUCCACCUGUGGCUCUCACCUAGCAGUUGUUUGCUGA